AUGACUAAGCAGACUCCGCGGGUUACCGAAGGCCUCCACCAGAAGCUCAAUAGUCGUCACCUCACGUUCAUCAGUCUGGGCUCGGUCAUUGGCACAGGCAUCUUCUUGGGCAUUGGCUCAGCGCUUACUACUGCGGGACCUGUCGGUUUGGUUUUGGGUUAUGUCGUGAUAUGCUCCGUCGUCUUCUGCGUCAUGCUGUGCGUCGGCGAGAUGGUGACAUAUCUGCCCGUCGUGGGCGCCCACCUGAGACUCUCCGGACGUUUUGUUGACCCGGCACUUUCUGCGGCCAUGUCUUGGAACUACUGGUACUGCUGGGCGUUGAUUGCAGCUGCCGAAACGUCAGCCGUCGCCGUGCUCGUCACGUACUGGACCCAAUCCGUCCCUGGCGGCGUGUGGAUAGCGCUCUGUCUCGCACUCGCUCUGGCAGUCAACCUCUGUGGUCCGCGGCUGUAUGCAGAGGUCGAGUUCUACAUGUCCACAAUCAAGGUCAUCACCAUUGUCGGACUGAUUAUCCUGUCCAUCGUUCUCGACGCCGGCGGAGGUCCAAGCCACGACUACAUUGGCUUCAGGUACUGGAAAAACCCAGGCCCCUUUGUGCAGUAUGAAGGGAUAGGCGGCUCGCUGGGACGCUUCCUAGGUUUCUUUUCCGGCCUGACCACGGCCUCCUUCUCGUCGAUUGGCGCUGAGAUGCUGGCCCUGGCCUCGGCCGAGACCCGUAACCCUCGCAAGAUCCUGCCCACCGCGUUGCGGGCGACGUGGAUCCGUGUUCUCCUUUUUUACUUUUUGGGCGCCUUUUGCGUCAGCCUCAUUGUGCCAUCCGACGACUCUCGCCUGGGCUCAUCUUCCACGGCCUCUGCCAGUCCCUAUGUCAUUGCGAUUCAGCAGGCCGGCAUCAAAGCACUCCCCAGUAUCAUAAACGCUUGCAUCAUCACGUCCGCCGUCUCUGCCACCGUGUCAGAUAUUUACACCGCUUCGCGAACUCUCCAUUCCAUGGCAGGCACGGGCUUCGCGCCGAACGUCUUUUCAAAGACUACCACUUGGGGAUCCCCCUGGCUUGCUGUCCUGGCCACGUGGGCCAUGAGCCUGCUAGCUUUUUUGGCAGUCGGGUCGAGUUCGACCAGCGUUUUCAACUUUUUCCUCCAACUCACCGCUCUAGCGGGAAUCAUUACUUGGCUCUGCAUUGCCGUCACCUACCUCCGCUUCCGCGCGGGCAUGAAUGCCCAGGGCAUCAGUCGCGCAUCCUUACCCUUUAAGAAUCGAUUUACAUGUGUUGGCGCCUACUGGAUCAUCGUCGUCAUCUCCUCGGUGCUGCUGUUCAGCGGCUGGCCCGUCUUUAGAAAGGGCAAGUGGGACACUACCCAGUUCUUUGGCAAUUAUCUGCCCAUUGGCGUGUUCGUUGUGGUCUUUACGGCCUUUAAAGUUGGCAAGAAGAGCAGGUUUGUCAGAGCGUCAGAGAUGGAUCUCACGACGGGAUUGGAUGAGAUUGAGAGAAGAGCCGCCCAGGCCAAUGAGGAGGAAGCGCCCCGGGAACGGAAACGGUGGUCGAUCAGGAUGAAGCAUGUUUUCAAGAGGCUCGUCAGCUGA